AUGGCUCGCCCUACCUUGGCCUCCCGCCACCGCAGACCUUCCACCUUUGUUCCACUUUCCGCUCCCGGAUCCAGGAUGAGGAGGAGCUUAGCUCCCAGCCAGCUGGCUAAAAGAAACGGUGGGGGCAAAUUAUCAGAUGAUGAAGACUGGAAGCCUGAGGCUGUGGUGCUUAAGAAGCGGAAAUCCAGUAGUGAGAUCCAGAGCCAAGAGUGUUUCCUGUCUCCUUUUCGGAAACCUUUGACUCAGCUAACCAAUCCACCACCGUGUCUGGACAGCAGUCAACAUGAAGCAUAUAUUCGAAGCAUUUUGUCAAAGCCUUUCAAAAUCCCCAUUCCAAAUUAUCAAGGUCCUCUGGGCUUUCGAGCAUUAGGUCUCAAAAGGGCUGGAGUCCGCCGUGCCCUCCAUGACCCAUUGGAAGAAGGUGCCUUAGUUCUGUAUGAACCGCCUCCACUGAGUGCCCAUGACCUGCUGAAGCUGGACAAAGAAAAACUUCCCGUCCAUGUGGUCGUUGAUCCUAUUCUCAGUAAGGUCUUGCGGCCUCAUCAGAGAGAGGGAGUGAAGUUCCUGUGGGAAUGUGUCACCAGUCGGCGUAUCCCUGGCAGCCACGGCUGUAUUAUGGCUGACGAGAUGGGCCUGGGCAAGACAUUGCAGUGCAUCACAUUGAUGUGGACACUUUUACAUCAGAGUCCAGAAUGCAAGCCAGAAAUUGACAAAGCAGUUGUGGUAUCACCCUCCAGUCUGGUGAAGAAUUGGUAUAAUGAGGUUGGGAAAUGGCUUGGAGGGAGGAUCCAACCUCUGGCCAUUGAUGGAGGCUCUAAGGACGAGAUAGACCAAAAGCUGGAAAGAUUCAUGAACCAGCGUGGAGCCAGAGUGCCUUCUCCUAUCCUCAUCAUUUCCUAUGAGACAUUCCGCCUUCAUGUUGAAGUCCUCCAGAAAGGGAGUGUUGGAUUGGUCAUCUGCGAUGAGGGACACAGGCUCAAAAACUCUGAGAAUCAGACUUACCAGGCCCUGGACAGCUUGAACACCAGUCGCCGAGUGCUUAUCUCUGGGACACCAAUCCAGAAUGAUCUGCUUGAGUAUUUCAGCUUGGUACAUUUUGUUAAUUCCGGCAUCCUGGGGACUGCCCAUGAGUUCAAGAAGCAUUUUGAGCUGCCAAUUUUAAAGGGUCGAGAUGCAGCUGCCAGUGAGGCAGACAGGCAUCUAGGAGAGGAGCGACUGCGGGAGCUCAUCAGCAUUGUGAAUAGGUGCCUGAUCCGGAGGACAUCUGAUAUCCUUUCUAAAUACUUGCCUGUGAAGAUUGAGCAGGUGGUUUGUUGUAGGUUGACACCCCUUCAGAUGGAGUUAUACAAGAGGUUUCUGGGACAAGCCAAGCCUGCAGAAGAGUUGUGUGAGGGCAAGAUGAGUGUUUCUUCACUUUCUUCCAUCACCUCACUAAAGAAGCUCUGUAAUCAUCCAGCUCUGAUAUAUGACAAGUGUGUGGAAGAGGAGGAUGGCUUUGAGGGUGCUUUGGAUCUGUUCCCUUCUGGUUAUAGUUCCAAGGCUCUAGAACCCCAACUGUCAGGUAAGAUGCUGGUCCUUGAUUACAUUCUGGCGGUGACCCGGAGCCGAAGCAAUGACAAAGUAGUGCUGGUGUCCAAUUAUACUCAAACAUUGGACCUCUUUGAGAAACUGUGCCGGGCCCGAAGGUACUUAUAUGUCCGCUUGGAUGGCACAAUGUCAAUCAAGAAGCGAGCCAAGGUUGUGGAGCGCUUCAAUAGUCCAUCGAGCCCUGACUUUGUCUUCAUGCUGAGCAGCAAAGCUGGGGGUUGUGGUCUCAAUCUCAUUGGGGCCAACCGGCUGGUCAUGUUUGAUCCUGACUGGAACCCAGCCAAUGAUGAACAAGCUAUGGCCCGGGUCUGGCGAGAUGGUCAAAAGAAAACCUGCUAUAUCUACCGCCUGCUAUCUGCAGGAACCAUUGAGGAGAAGAUCUUCCAGCGUCAGAGCCACAAAAAAGCACUGAGUAGUUGUGUGGUAGAUGAGGAGCAGGAUGUGGAGCGACACUUCUCUCUGGGAGAGUUGAAAGAACUGUUUACCCUGGAUGAGGCUAGCCUCAGUGACACACAUGACAGGUUGCGCUGCCGCCGCUGUGUCAACAACCGCCAAGUAUGGCCACCCCCUAAUGGUUCUGAUUGCACCUCAGACCUGGCUCAGUGGAACCACAGCACUGAUAAGCGGGGGCUCCAAGAUGAGGUACUCCAGGCUUCUUGGGAUGCUGCUUCCACAGCCAUCACCUUCGUCUUCCACCAGCGCUCCCAUGAGCAGCAGCAUGGGCUCCACUGAAAACCAGCUGGCUUUGAGUAUAGCUGUAGAGGUGGGGAGAUAAGG